GCUACUACUAAAUAUUGUAGAAACUUAAUUUUCUGUAAAGUUGCUUUGCAAUGAUUUGUAUCGUAAAAAGUGCUAUACAAAUAAACUUGAAGUACACACACUCCUGUGAACUGCAGCUCACCUGUCCUGCAUUGUUUUGGAUUGUGGGGGAAACUGGAGACCUGGAGGAAACUUAUUGUGGGUUUGCUAUUAGUAAUUAGUGAAACUCUUAAUUCAUCACAAAUAUAAUGAAUAUGUCAGGCUGGUAUGAUAGAUAAAUAUGAUAGAACUGCCUUGUCCUAUAGGACUAUAUAAAGUGAGGACAUCCCUUUAUUAAAGUGUUGUCUCUCUCUACACCAUCAAACAUAAUUAAAACCCUAGUGAAAGAGUUUGUGCAGUGAUUGUUUUCAUGUAUGGCCUCCUGUGCUUUUGUCAGCCGUAGAAUGGCCUCCUGUUUGACUGUCCCAGCAAGUAAUUAGUGCUCUGUUGUGAUGUUUAACAAUAAACUGAAUGCUGAGAUCUCACUAAAUCUCAUCUGUAGUCCUAGUAACAGACAAGCUAUAGACACAAAAUAUAGGAUCAAAUUUAAAAGACAUAGAUGGUUUGGAUAUAAGCUGGGUGUAUUUUGUUUGUCUUGCGUAACAACAAAGAGCUGCGACCCUUUAAAAGAGCCAAAUGAUCCUUGUUUCCCUCAAAAUCUAUAAACAGCCACAAGUGAAGUUUGUGGAAUCUGACCUGGGAGUUUGCUAGCAAAGGAACUGAAAUGGUUCUUCCACAGAGGAUUUCAUUGUUUCUCCUCCUCUGCUCAUCUCCACCAGUGUUUGUUGGUGGUAUUUCCAAUUCCACCGAGGCUCCCUGUGAUCGUCGCUGUCUGGCAAAUGCUCGGGUUAAGAAAGAACUGUUCAGUGCGCCACAGAAUGAUAACUGUACCAUCAUGGUGAACAUCACUUCAAUACAAUAUGAGACACUGUCUUUCGAUACAAAGGGCAUGGAAAUGAGCAGCCGUAUCAAGAUAAACAUGGAAUGGAAGGAUCCUGAUCUUGGAUGGCUCCAAGAGAAAUCUAGAUUUCCAACAAUUGUUAUGCCAGUUGAUAAAAUCUGGAUUCCUCGGAUAGUUUUGGACAACGCAAUAGAAACGACCAUGGAGCCGUACACCAAUGAUGUACAGGUGAGGCGGGAUGGUACUGUGAGCCAUGCGGUUGUUUAUUUCACGACGGUGAGCUGUCAAAUCAACCUCUUUACCUACCCCUUUGUGGCUGGUUCGUGCCCUGUGGCCAUGAAUGGAUGGAGCCAGAAAACUUGCGCGCUCAAUUUCCAGAUCGCUGAUAAUGUGACUUUGGUUGGCGGCAGUGGAGGAGAGUGGCUGACUACUUCCGUGAACAAAACUGUGGAUAAAUCAAAUCGUGUUUAUCUCCAAGUCGCUCUGUCGAUUAACCCCUUCAGUGCUGUUGUGACCCUGAUCCUGCCCAGCGGACUGAUACUGCUGGCUGACCUGGUGAGCUUCGCUCUUCCAUUCGAAGGAGGAGAGCGCAACUCUUUUAAGGUCACUUUGGUCCUGAGCUUCACCAUGUUCCUCCUCAUCCUCAGUGAUCACCUGCCUAACAGUGGCGACUGCAGCCCCCUCCUCCACUACCACUUCAGCUUCUGUCUGGUGUGUUUGGUCUUGAGUAUGCUGGCCUCCAUAGUGCUGACACGUCUGUCUGUAGACGACAGCUUCUUGGUGUGCAGACGCUCCUCCAAAGUUCAUCCAUCAAAUAGCACGGAAACAAAUGACGGCCUGGAUCAGGAGAAAGAUACGGGUGUGAUUACAACAAUGUCUGGUGAUCUGGCUUCAGAGAAGACUUCACUCUUGAAAAUAGUGAACUUUUUGGAGACCGUGAAUGAAAAAGAAAAGGAGGAUCAGAGUAAAGUGGCAUUUGCGUACCUCUUAGACAAAUUCUGCUUUGGCUUUUUCAUAAUCAUCUACAUACUUUAUGGCAUAAUUAUUAUUUCUAUCACCCGAACAGACAUUUGUAAGGUUAAUAAUCUAGACUUCUGGGAUGAAUCGCAGCAAGAAGAUGUCUACUAUGACUACUCAUACAUAUACUCAUACUCAGACUCAGACUCAUACUCAGACUCAUACUCAGACUCAUACUCAGACUCAAACACAAACACAUAGUCACUUUCUCUGCACUGUUGUUUCUCAGAUUAGCACUGUUUUUUCUUUUUUUCUUUCCUAAUUGGUGCAUAUAAUCUGUAGCAAACUCUGCAACAUAACGACUGAAUAGUGUACAGGCCAUCAAAUACUGAUUUAUCCAUAUUUAUAAGAAUAUCAACAAAAUCUUGGGAAUCAAUACGAAACAAAAUACAAAAUAACUUGUAAUUCUCUUAUUAAAUUAAGUCUUAUUAAAUGUACAAUCUUUCAGCAUGCUAUUAAGAUUAAAAAGCAUUUUACUUGUAUUAAACCACUAUAUUGUCAAAGGGAUUUUCAUAGCAUUAAUUAUAACAACAAAU